AAGUGGGAUUUUACAAUUCCAUGUAUAUUACCUUAGCAAACAUAAAUAAUAAUAACAAUUUGAAUACUAUAACGAAUUAUAAAACAACCAAACAAAAUACACCGCCCAACGGGCGGGUAAAAAACUAGUUUAUGUAAUAUUAGAACGCUUUGGUAUAUCUAUCAUGCAAAUUAAUGAUUUGAGUCAUUUGACCAUCCACUUAUAAUUUGCCCAUAAAAAAUAAAAAUACUAGAAACCAAACAAUUGUCAAUGGAGACCAUUCCCAUUGCAAAGUUGCCAUAGCCCAUUAGCUCGCCCACAAGGCAGGCAGAGGAUAAAAGAGAAGAUGAAAGUAGGGCACGAACGACUUAAUGAAUGAGGGUCGGUCCAAGUAUUAAAUGCCCUUUUUUCUCCCAACAACUACCCAAAUCAAGGUUGUAAACCCGUAGGUCGACCCAUUUUGACCCUGACUCGAUGAGAAAAAUGGGUCGACCGCUGUAAGGUAUCGGAUUGGAGAUCAAAUUGUGUCAUUUUUUCUUUGAUUUGAGAAAUGUACAUAUUUUCCAAUUUUUCUUUUCGCCUAACUCAAUCAUUGGAAUCCUUAGUUGAACAUUUGAAUAUUGAUAUAAGUGUGUGUGAAUUUUUACUAUAUGUUGGAUCUAAGUACGACAUGUUACUUUGGUGUAAUGUUAUAUGUUAUUACUCAUAUGUUAGAUGAAAUUUGGUAUAAUUUAUCAGGAUAAGUACAAUAUAAUGACUUUUUUCAUAUUUCCGGGCUAAAACGAACUAAAACAGAUGACCCAUUAACCCUUGACCCACUAAUUCAACUAGGUCCGGAUCAACCCGCCGGACAACUUGACCCAAACCCUCCCAUUGAAUUCCCCUCCCCAUACCAACGAACUAAUUAGCAGUAGCGGUCUCCAUCAGAUCACCAUCCAGCCAUGAGCCAUCCAUCCGCCUUCCCUUCCCUCUUAUCUUCCCAACUGGAGAAGAUGAAAGUAGGGCACAACAACUUAAUGAAUGAAGGUCGGUCCAAGUAUUUAAUGCCCCUUCCUUCCCAACAACUACCCAAACCCUCCCAUUCAAUUCCCCUUCCCUCCCCCUCCCCAUACCAACGAACUAAUUAGCAGUAGUGGUCUCCAUCAGAUCGCCAUCCAGCCAUCCAUCCGCCUUCCCUUCCCUCUUAUCUCCCCAACUGAUCAUUUUCAUACUGCUCAGGGAAAGAAGAAGAAACAGAGCAAAGCCACAGUUUUGGAAGCUGAAAGCAAACAUAACAUUCCUACUUGGCGUCACCCGGUCUCCAUCGUCAAACCCAAAAAGAGGCUUAGCCAAAGGCACCAUCCAUAUGAAACAUUGAGGAGAGGAGACACGCUUACUUCAUUCAAACCUAAUUUAGUUACUGGUUCCUCAUAUGAACCGCCUUCUCCCCCACCCAACCACUCAUUAACACGCCAAUCCCGUUUCUCUCAUCUUCUCUUCUUUCUGGUAUAUAAGUAGUCGCAAUUCCUCCCUAAGAUAUGAGGAACUCAUCCUCUGAUCCCUCUGCAACGGCGGCGGCGGCGACGGUGAUGAUGGAGAUAGAGGCGAGCAAACCGGCGGGGAACGGGAUGGUGGUCGGCGGGCUCAGCCCCCUGAGCGAGACGCUGUGGCGGGAACGGACCAACACGGAGUUCGUCGGCGACGUCUCCGCCAGGCUGACGUGGAAGGAUCUGACGGUGAUGGUCACCCUUGGCAAUGGCGAGACUCAGAAUGUCCUCGAAGGACUCACCGGCUAUGCGGAGCCUGGCAGCCUCACCGCGCUGAUGGGUCCCUCUGGCUCCGGCAAAUCCACUCUGCUCGAUGCUCUCUCUAGCCGCCUGGCGGCGAACGCUUUUCUCUCCGGCUCCAUCCUUCUCAACGGCCGCAAAACCAAGCUCUCUUUUGGAACCGCCGCGUAUGUGACGCAAGACGACAACCUGAUUGGAACGCUGACGGUGAGGGAGACGAUAUCUUACUCGGCCAGGCUGCGCCUGCCGGACAAGAUGCCGUGGUCGGAGAAAAGGGCACUGAUUGAGAGCACCAUUGUGGAGAUGGGCUUGCAGGACUGUGCUGAUACGGUGAUUGGGAACUGGCAUCUUCGUGGGAUCAGCGGCGGCGAGAAGCGUCGAGUCAGCAUUGCCCUCGAAAUCCUGAUGCGACCCAGAUUGCUCUUCCUCGACGAACCCACCAGCGGGCUUGACAGUGCUUCGGCGUUCUUUGUGACGCAGACGCUGCGUGGACUAUCGAGGGACGGGAGAACUGUGAUUGCAUCCAUCCACCAGCCGAGCAGUGAAGUUUUUGAGCUCUUUGAUCGACUUUACCUUCUCUCUGGUGGCAAGACUGUGUAUUUCGGCCAGGCUUCAGAUGCCUACGAGUUCUUUGCGCAAGCCGGAUUCCCCUGCCCUGCUUUGAGAAACCCAUCUGAUCAUUUCCUCCGAUGCGUCAAUGCUGACUUCGACAAAGUGAAGGCCACUCUCAAAGGAUCCAUGAAACUGCGGUUUGAUGCAUCGGAGGAUCCUCUGGAUAAGAUCACCACAGCUGAAGCGAUCCGUACUUUGGUUGAUUACUACCGAACUUCUCAGUAUUGUUAUGCUGCAAGGCAGAAGGUGGAUGAGAUCUCCAAAGUCAAAGGGACGGUGCUUGAUGCAGGAGGGAGCCAGGCUAGUUUCCCGAUGCAGGCUUUCACUCUGACCAAGCGCUCCUUCGUCAACAUGUCAAGGGAUUUCGGUUACUACUGGCUCAGGCUCGUCAUCUACAUCGUGGUCACCAUUUGCAUCGGAACCAUAUACUUCAAUGUCGGCACUAGUUACAACUCAAUCCUGGCCAGAGGCUCCUGCGCUUCAUUCGUGUUCGGUUUCGUCACGUUCAUGUCCAUUGGAGGCUUCCCAUCUUUCGUGGAAGACAUGAAGGUUUUCCAAAGAGAGAGGCUGAAUGGCCACUACGGAGUGACAGCAUUUGUGAUCAGCAACACACUCUCGGCGAUGCCGUUCCUCAUCACCAUCACCUUCCUCUCCGGAACGAUCUGCUACUUCAUGGUCAGGCUCCACCCGGGUUUCACCCAUUACCUCUUCUUCGUGCUCUGCCUCUACGCAAGUGUCACAGUGGUUGAGAGCUUGAUGAUGGCCAUUGCCAGUAUUGUCCCCAACUUCCUCAUGGGUAUCAUCAUUGGAGCUGGAAUUCAGGGUAUCUUCAUGCUGGUCUCGGGCUACUUCAGGCUGCCAAACGACAUUCCGAAGCCCGUCUGGCGUUACCCCAUGUCAUACAUCAGCUUCCACUUCUGGGCUCUUCAGGGGCAAUACCAGAAUGACCUGAACGGGCUGCUGUUCAACAACCAAAGCCCGGAUCUCCCCAAGAUCCCAGGGGAGUACAUCCUGGAGAACAUCUUCCAGAUCAACAUCCGCAGGUCCAAGUGGAUUGACCUCAGCGUGAUCUUCAGCAUGAUAGUGGUCUACCGCAUCAUCUUCUUCGUCAUGAUCAAGAUCAGCGAGGAUGUGACACCCUGGAUCAGAGGGUACAUGGCCAGGAGAAGAAUGCAGAUUAAGAAUGGAACCCAGAACACCACGAUCGCGCCCGACGGUCUUACCCAGUCGCCUUCUCUCAGGAACUUCGUCGCCAGUCGAGCCACUGGUAAUGGAAAGAGAUGAUUGAAGAUCAGAAGAGAAGAGAAUGCUGGUGGCGGCAAUCCAUCGCCAGAGACAGAGGAACUCGUUUCCCAAAUGGGUGUAGUUAAGUGAUGAUAUGUGAAGGGUUGUAAAACUUGACAGAUAGAGAUUUUAUUUUCCACGUUGCAACUAAAACAGCUUCUGUUUAAUAUUUUGUUCAAUAUGGUUGCUGCCAUAAGUGCCAUUAGAGUUCCCCUGACAGAGUUAACCUUCGUUAUCAUGGUAAUUAUUCUAUUUCCAGCUCAUUGCUUGCUGUAAUUACUGUACCCGCUCUUCUCUUGUCGAGGGUUCUCUCUAGUGAUGGCAAUGGGUCGGGGCGGGGCGGGUACCUUAAUACCCAUGUCCCGCCCCACGCCACUACGGGUCGGGGCGGGUAAUACUCGCGUGGGUAUGGGGCGGGGCGGGUCGACCCACUCUUAUAUGCUAUUUGAAAAAAAUACAAGCAAAAUUUUACUUUUUACAAUAAAACGAAGGGGAAAGACUUCAUGAAUGAAUAAUUGUGAUAAUAUAAUGGGUAAUUGGGUCUAUUUAAUUGAAAGAUCAAGUCUAACUAGUAGAAGAAAAGCCAAAAUAGGAGAUAUAUGAAUAGAUGGUGUAAGAAAUUGACCUAGAACGGGCCAAGAAUGGGGCGGGGCGGGACAGGGCGGGACAGAAGUUGAUACCCAUGUCCCGCCCCAUGCUACUGCGGGUCGGGUAAUACCCGCCCCAUCGCGGGUCAGGUCGGGUAAUACCCUGCAAGGCGGGUUCAAAUUGCCAUCCCUAGUUCUCUCGAAAGUUCAAAUGGAUGGAAAUAAGAUGUACUUCAUUUUUAGAAAUAAGCAGUAAGAGUGUUCAAAUGGUUACCAUGGUUAUAACCAAAUCAAAUAAGGCUAAAUUCCAUAAACUAUGGAAUACAAUAUCAUAACCAAAUCGUCCAAACUAAUACAACAACCAAAUUAACCAAACUAAAGUUUAAUCGGUUUGGUUAAUUGGUUAACCAGAUUGACCAAUAUAAAAUCACAUUAUCAUUGACGAUGAAAAUUUUCCGGUUAAUGCAACAAUACACAAUUUAUAUAAUGAAUAAAACAUAACAAUCAACACUUAGUUAUAGUUGACCCUUAACAAAAAUACAUGCAACUAAGACAAUUAUCUUACGAUUAGUAUAGAAGUAUUCACCUAACAAAAAUUUAUGACAAUGGUAUGGGUUAAUGAAUUGUUGUGUUUGUGUAAAUUGACUUAGGGGUCGUUUGGAAGUUGUGAAUGUUAAAUCGUUGCAUUGUAAUGAAUCACUAUAAUACAAAUGCAUGUAUUGAUACAAUGGAUGCAUUUUAACAAUACAUUAUUUGGUUGUUGAGAUUCAACUUUAUGCAUUAAUUUACAUAAAGUUACUUUUAUGGGGAAAUGCCAUAUUUACCCUCAACUUUUUGUAUAAGACAAAAACUUUUAGAGAUAUAAAUGGAAAGAAAAAGUUUACACAAAUCUAAAAGCAACAAUCACAACAAUCUCAACUUUUCAAUGCAUCUUUUUUUGUGAUUGUUGGUGGGACCUACCGAAAACAAUGCAUGCAUUGUUUUACACUUUGGCACUUCCAAACAUUGUAUUGUGCACAAUACAUGUAUUCAACAAACACAACUUUAACAAUCUCAACUUCCAAACGACCCCUUAGUCUCUUAGCAAUUAUCAUAGGCUGGAAAUGACCUUCCUAUCAAGUUUUCAUCCAUCAUAAUGUAUGAAAUUUAUCUAAAUUAGGCAUCCAUAUGUUGUGGUCUACACUUUACAUAUACAAAUAUACACUAUAUGAGCAAUAUGGGACAGGUUAUGGUGAUUUCUACAAAGUAGUAAUCACCGUGGUUACUAAGGGUAAAUUGGGUAUGGAAAAAUAAAUUAUAUUAAUUAAU